GCCUUCCGGAGGGGGGCGGAGCCGCGGGGCCCUGCACCCGCGCUGGCGCCUGCGGCCCCGCUCGCGGGCCCCUGAAGAUGGAGGAGGGCUGGCGAGGAGCUUGGUAUGUGCCAUGUCUAGCUUCACUUGAGACCCUCCAAGAGUUUUGUAGGAAGGAAAAUCUGAGAUGUAAAUCCAUUGGAAUCACCAACAGGAGUCUAAAGAGAUAUGAGGUGGAAUAUUUAUGUGACUACAAGGUAGAAGAGGGCACAGAAUACUAUCUUGUGAAAUGGAAAGGAUGGCCAGAAUCUUCAAAUACUUGGGAACCUCAGAAAAACUUGAAAUGCCCAUUGCUUCUUCAGAACUUCCUUAGGGACAAGAAUGAGUACUUGUCUCGAGUGAGAAAAGGCAAACCACUGAAAGUGAGAAACCACAUAAAGGCUUUGCAGCCAGCGGUUGCAGAUUACAUUGUGAAGAAGGCUAAGCAAAGAAUAGCUCUGCAGAGGUGGAAAGAAGAACUCAACAGGAAAAAGAAUCAUAAAGCCAUGAUUCUGGUAGAAAACACAGUGGAUCUUGAAGGCCCUCCUUUAGACUUCUACUACAUUAAUGAGUAUAAACCUGCUCCAGGAAUAAAUGUAAUAAAUGGAAUAACAACUGGCUGUGAGUGCACUGACUGCCCUGCUGAGAAGUGCUGCCCAAAGGAGGCUGGAUUUAUUUUGGCUUACAACAAGCGAAAGAAGUUGAAAAUCCAGCCUGGCUUGCCCAUCUAUGAAUGCAAUUCAUUUUGUAGGUGUGGGCCUGACUGCCCUAAUAGGAUAGUACAGAAAGGUACACCGUAUUCACUCUGUAUCUUCAGAACUAACAAUGGCCGUGGUUGGGGAGUGAAAACCCUCCAGGAAAUUAAAACCAACAGUUUUGUGAUGGAGUAUGUUGGAGAGGUGAUUACAAGCGAGGAAGCAGAGCGACGAGGCCAGCUCUAUGAUAACCAGGGAAAUACAUACUUGUUUGAUUUGGACUAUGACUCAGAUGAAUUUACAGUAGAUGCAGCUCGAUACGGAAAUGUGUCCCACUUUGUGAAUCACAGUUGUGAUCCAAAUCUUCAAGUCUUCAAUGUGUUCAUUGAUAACCUGGACUUGCGUCUUCCUCGAAUAGCGCUGUUCUCUACACGAACUAUCAAGGCUGGAGAAGAGCUAACCUUUGAUUAUCAGAUGAAAGGUUCAAUAGAUCUGACUUCAGACUCUGCUGAUGGACUUAGCCCAUCCAAAAAGAGGAUCAGAACUGUCUGUAAAUGUGGAGCCUUGUGCUGCAGAGGUUACCUCAACUGAGCUUGGAUAUCCAAAGUCACAAAUACUUUAUUCUCUUUGAAAAGUGUUCUACAAAGACUGUCCUUUCACACACGUGUCAAGUAUUCUUACAUCUACUGUAAAUAAGUACCGUGAAACCAAGGCAAUUACAGUUGUAAUUGAAAUGGCAUUGGCCAAAGAAAGAGUUAUAGUGAUUCAGGCAAAUACAGAACUAGUAACAGGGAUUAAAACCUGAUUUUUCUAGAUCUGUGAUUUAGGAAGCAGUAAAAUGUUUGUGAAGAAAACUUUUUAAAAUGUACCUGGUUGAAAUACUUGAGUGUGAGCUUGCAGCUGUCGGCCUGGAAUAAGAUGAUUUUAUGUAUUUUCUAUACCUUGGAAAGUUUGAAGGUAUUUGAUAUGAAUUCUAAAUAAUAAUUGGCAGUUCUUGUGGGUUUUUGUGUCUAAAGAAAAGCUCCAAGAGAUUAGCAAUAAUAUUUACAGCACUUGGGUGAACGGUUGAGGACAGCUAUUGGACAGUGUCUAAAUGAAGGUUCAUAGGAACAUAAGCUGUAACAUGUCCAUUGAAUUCCAUGCAAGUAACGUGGUUGGUUUUAGCAGAUUCCAGAUGUAAGAUCAAAGUCUUGAAUGUUUUUUUGGUUGAUGUUUUGUUAAUUAGCAAUUUCACAGUUUUUUGACUUGUGUUGUUCUGAGUUAAGAUGCUGCAGGAGAUUUGCAGUUCCACGGAGAAGUUGUACGUCCCGGGUGACCCAUAGUCACAUAUGCUGUUUGUUUUCAUUGCAGACAUUUGGCAGUCAUUGCUGAAACAAAGUGCUGGCUACAGUUUGGAAAUGGAUAAAAGAAACAGAGCAGGCCGUGGUCUAACAGAGCUGAUGCGUUAGGGAGACACGCUCAGUUAUCUGUUAGGUGCAGAAAUACCCUAGGAAUUGUGUUCACAGCUGAGUUUAAGUUUUUACAUACUGUGACAUUUUUGUCUAGUGACAGGCUUUUGAGAUACUUGCAGAAAUGUUAACUUCAGUGAAGUUAGGCUAGGGGAUGUUACCCAUUUGCUGUAGACAUUUGUAAGAUGUUCUUGAAUGUAAAAGCUGAGAAAUGUACUAUUCUUCAGCUGCUUGAGUUGUCGUCUUUUCUUCUUUUUCCCUGAUCACCUUAGAGUUUUCUUGAUCUGUUCACAAUAUGUGCUGAGUUUUGCUUGGCUUCGAAACACUGAAGACCAGUUGAGGUAGGUUAUGAGGGGAGUAACAGCCAAAGGAUGAUCCAACUGCUUUAUUCUUGUGGAGUAAAAGCUUGUAAAGUCAUAGAAUGCACUGGGUUGGAAGGGACCUCUAGAUGUCAUCCAGUCCAAGUCCCCUACAGUGAGCAGGGACAUCCCCAACUAGAUUGGGUUGCUCAGAGCUCUCAUAAAGCCUAACCUUGAAUAUGUCCAGGAAUGGGGCAACCACCCACUUCCCUGGGCAACCUGUUCCAGUGUUCCACCAUCCUUAUUGUAAAGAACUUCUUCCUAAUGUCCAAUCUAAAUCUACUGUUCUUUAGUUUAAAAAAAACGUUGCAUUUUGCUUACAAAUCAUACAUAUAUUGAUGGGGUCAGGCAGAACAAUGUUGCUGCACAAAUGGAUGCUAGCUAUGUAUCAUAGGCUAGUUACCUUUAUAAGGUGCACAGCUGCUGGCUCAGGUGAAUGAAGUCAAGUACCCAGCAGAUAACAGUUUACUUCAUUUGUUAGAAAAUGCCUUAAAUUUCAUGUUGGUUACUAGCACUCCAAAAAGAGUGUCUCAAGGGAUAAAUCAGGUUGGUUGUUCAUUAAGAAGCACAGUGGCAUUUGCACUGAAGAUCUGGCUGUAUGUCAGGAAGUGAAAUUUUAAUGCUACUAGCCAAAAUUAGUCUCAUGGUUGUGGUGAAGAGAGGGGGGCAUUGAAGUACUGUGUAAGUUUCAUGAUCUACAGUACAAAGAGAUACACCUUGAAAUAGCCACUUACAGUUUAAUGACUAGGAGAGUGUUGGCUUUAAGUGUUUGAUAUUACUAGGCUCACCACUAUCCACACUUGGAUAAAUGCUGAAUCUAGUCAGUUUUUAUUAUGCCACAGCUCUAACAAAAUUUUAUUUUUUAUAUAUAUAUCUAUAAAUUUGAAGUGGAAUGUGGAGUUUUAAUAUUGGCAAACUCCGGACGAUCUUGUACCAUUUGGAGUCAUUAGUGCUCUCUCUUGCCUGUGGCCUGAUGCAGCAAUGCAUUCCACGUUGAUGGAAUCCGCAGUCUCCAGCUCCUCGGUCUGCUGCUUGCUCUGUCAGGGUGGCUGUGGCAAGAGAAAUGGAUUCUGUACCAAAUGUGUUUCUCUGGUCUCUCCCCUGCAGGAUGGCAUAGGGCUGGUUUGACACUUUGUUUACCUGUGCUGUGCCUGUUCCCAUUUGAUUUUAAAACUGCAAGUAAAUACAUUUUAAAAGGUAAAAAUUCUAGGGGUUGUACUUGAGUUCAGUGUCUGCCUUUUUUCCAGUGCAGUUUACCAGCAGCACUGGAAUAACACUGCUGUUGGUUAAGGGUGUUAACCUCUUGUAUGGUAAAUAAAGGACCCUUCUUCAUGUGCUAGGAGGUAAUGGCAUUUGGUAUUUAAUGGAGGUAAACCCAUCUCUCCAGGCUCCAAUGUCAAGCCUUGAACAGUAUUUAUCCUAUUUGCAUAUUCACAGUGCAUUUGGAUUGCAGCAAGUGAAUAAGCCUAAUGGGACAUCGUCAUUUUUAAAACUCCUUUUGCUCUUGUUACGAGUUUGGAGAAAACUGCAAAAUCAGAAAAGGAGAAAAGCUGUUUGCAGUUUUCUUAAGGAGCCUAAACCAGCCUCGCUUCUGCCUUUGUUUUGCUUCGUGGUCUGUUAGCAUCACCAUGGCCACCAGUUGAGUGGUGUAUAUGCACUUAGAGACUGGUAACCUGUGAUCUAUGCUCUAGCUGGUCUUUCUUUUGUUGGAUUUAAUUUCUCCUUUUUUUUUUUCUUUUUGUAGCAAAACUAAAGCUGCAAGAUCACCUGUAAGGAAAGCUAUUUAUCUCAAAGUUAAGUCAAUAUUUUGGUUAUUUUUAAUGUAUGUUUUAGGACUGUGUACGUUAGAAGAUGCAGUUUGUAAGCUCAGGAACACUUUCUUUUCAUAAUGUGUGAUCUGUAGUAUUGCUAUCUUCCUAUAGAUUUUGAUAAAAUAAAUUAAAUUUAG